AUGGCAGGACACAGAGCUACUCUGAAGAAAGCCAAUAAGGGGUUUAAGAGUGGCCACGCCUCGAAGCGGGCCCUCAAGGCCGCUAGCAAGGGUAAGGUCGAGAAGAUCAAGUCCAACAACAAGCCGGUGCGGGUCCAAAGCAAGCUGGAGCGUAAGAACCUGGCUAAUCAAUUGAAGCACAACAAGAUCACCAAGUCACUUGAGGAGCGGUCUGUUUUCGACCACGGAAAUGUGGAGCGGAUUGUCACUGUGAUUCCGCUCACCAGUAACGUUUCCGGAACCGACAUCGCCAACAUGUUGCUUGGAUCUGUGAACGAGCCAGGGUUGCAGAUUAAAGAAAGUUUUGGUGUGACCAAAUUGAAGGUGCAACGGUUCAAAACAAGCUUGAACAUAAUAAUACCGCAAAUGAACAGUCUCAUUGAUGUUCUGGACAGCGUGAAAGUGGCUGAUUUUGUCAUUUUUGGCCUGAGUGCUACCGAGGAGGUGGAUCCAAAGAUCGGCGAACAGAUCAUCAGAGCUGCGGAAAGUCAGGGUAUUUCGACGGUUUUCGGCGUGGUGCCUGAUUUGGUGAGCGCGUAUCCAAAACGGAACUUGCAGCUGGACGUGUUGAAGUCGCUGACCUCGUUCUUCAAGCAUUUCUUUCCCCAGACCGAUAAAUUGUUUGCAUUGGAGACUCCGAUGGAGUCUUUGAAUCUGUUGCGGUCCAUUUGCCAGAAGAAGCCGAAACAGAUCACGUGGCGCGACAGCAGAGGGUAUAUGGUUGCCGACACGGUGGCAUGGGAGCCCGAGGGGCUGAUGGAGGGCCAUUUGGUGGUGGAAGGAACAGCCAGAGGAAUUGGCUUUCAUCCCGACAGAUUGGUGCAUAUUCCAGACCUUGGUGAUUUUGCAGUCUCACGCAUCGAGCGGAUUUCAAAGGAGCCCGAGGUGUUUGGAGCUGGAUCUGAGCGCGAGUCUCUAGAUCCGUUGCAAGAAGGAGAAGCUUUGGAGGAGGUUGACAUGAUCAGCGACGAGGACGACUGGGAGAUCGACGAGGACGAGGAAGACGGAGAAACUGAGAAACGGCUUCCAAAGGGAAUUUCCGAGUACCAGGCGAGAUGGAUGCACGACGAGGAGCUCGAGGAGCUGAUUGAGGAGCGCGGACUCGAGUCCAACGAGGAGGCCGAUUCCGAGAUGGAGUCAGACGACAUGGACAACGACGACGCCUCGCACAUGGACCUGGAGCCGGAAGAGGAGUCUAGACAGCUUGAGGCGUUCAAGCAGAGAGAAAGAGAGGAACUCGAGUUCCCAGACGAAAUCGAGCUGCAUCCAGACGAGCCUGCUACCAAGAGACUGGCCCGGUACCGUGGAUUCAAGUCGCUUGCCUCUGCCGACUGGGACUACGACGAGGUGGACGACAAGACACCAGAGAACUGGAACAGAUACCUUAGAGUGAGAAACUACAAGCUCACCAAGAACAAGGUUCUGAAACAGGCCAAGUCUGAGGCCGUGAUCAAGCCAGGAGACAAGUGCAGACUGUACAUUGUUGUUCCGUCGCAGGUGGUGGAAAGUGUGUCGGAUCCCUCGCAGAAACCGCUUGCCGUGUACUCGCUGCUUCCAAACGAGCACAAAUUGUCUGUGUGUCACUUUUCUGUGCAGACCUGGGAAGACUACGAGGAGCCGAUCAAGUCCAAGGACUCGAUGGUGGUUCAGUACGGAUUCAGACGGCUUCCAAUUAACCCUGUGUUCAGUCAGGCCACCAACAACUCGAACAACGUGGCCAAGUUCCAGCGGUUCUUGCACCAGAAGAACCUGUCGAUUGCUACCGCGGUGGUUCCUGUCAGCUUCACCAACUCUCCAGCCAUCUUCUUCAAGAACUCUCCCUCCGGAGCCGAGCCGAUCGCCCAAGGUACUUUCCUCAACACCGACUACACGCGCAUUCUGGCAAAGAGAGUGGUCCUCACGGGAGAAAUCCUCAAGAUUCACAAGUCUGUCGUCACCGUCAGAUACAUGUUCUUCAAUUCCAAGGACGUGCUACACUACCAGCAUAUUCCGUUGUUCACCAAGAUGGGCCGCUCUGGUCUGAUCAAGGAGUCUUUAGGAACCCACGGCUACUUCAAGGCCAUGUUCGACGGCAAGCUCAACGCCCAGGAUGUCGUGGGCAUGGCAUUGUACAAACGGGUGUGGCCCAAAGAAGCGAUUAUGUAA